AGGAGUAAAGAUGGCGGCGCGGGGGCCUCCGCCUUCAUUCCCUGGCUGAAGCCCUCCGAGGGAGGCGGCGGUGGCCACACAGGGCUAGCAACAGUCUCGUGGUGGUAGUUUUGGCAGCAGCUGCGGAAGCUUGAGCCAUGGCGGAGCUGGAGCACCUGGGAGGGAAGCGAGCAGAGUCGGCGCGAGCGCGGCGGGCUGAGCAGCUGCGGCGCUGGCGGGGCUCGCAGACUGAGCAGGAGUCCGCGGAGCGACAGGGCGCGGGGCGCCAGCUGCAGACCAGACGCGGGAGCCCCAGGGUCCGCUUCGAGGACGGUGCGGUCUUUCUAGCUGCCUGCUCCAGCGGGGACACGGACGAGGUGAAAAAGCUUCUGGCAAGAGGUGCGGACAUCAACACGGUCAACGUGGACGGCUUGACAGCCCUGCACCAGGCCUGUAUUGAUGAAAAUUUGGACAUGGUGAAGUUUCUGGUGGAGAACAGAGCCAAUGUAAACCAGCAGGACAACGAGGGCUGGACACCCCUGCAUGCGGCCGCUUCCUGUGGUUAUCUCAACAUAGCAGAGUACUUUAUUAGCCAUGGAGCCAGUGUGGGUGCUGUGAACAGUGAGGGUGAAGUUCCUUCUGACCUUGCAGAGGAGCCAGCCAUGAAAGAUCUUCUUCUGGAACAAGUAAAGAAACAAGGAGUUGAUCUGGAGCAGUCAAGGAAGGAAGAAGAACAGCAGAUGUUGCAGGAUGCCCGCCAGUGGCUCAACAGCGGGAAAAUAGAAGAUGUGAGGCAGGCUCGCUCAGGGGCCACAGCCCUGCAUGUGGCUGCUGCCAAGGGUUACUCUGAAGUCCUCAGGCUUCUCAUUCAGGCUGGCUACGAACUCAAUGUUCAGGAUCACGACGGCUGGACUCCUCUUCAUGCAGCUGCACACUGGGGGGUGAAAGAGGCCUGCUCCAUCCUGGCAGAAGCACUCUGUGAUAUGGAUAUCCGGAACAAACUGGGCCAGACGCCAUUUGAUGUGGCUGAUGAAGGUCUUGUGGAGCACCUGGAGAUGCUUCAGAAGAAGCAAGAUGUGCUUCGAAGUGAAAAGGAGACACGGAAUAAGCUCAUCGAGUCAGACCUGAAUAGCAAGUUUCAGAGUGGACUCUUUAAGAACAAAGAGAAGAUGCUUUAUGAAGAAGAGAUCCCCAAGUCCCAAGAAACAGAGGAAGAAAACAAAGAAUCCAGCAGCUCCAGCUCAGAGGGGGACGGGGAGGAUGAAGCUUCUGAAUCUUCUGAAUCGGACACUGAGAAGGAGGCAGAUAAGAAGCCAGAAGCCACUGUCAGCCAUUCCAACUCUGAAAGCGAGAGUCGGCUCACAGAACAGAUCCCGGCCCCAGCUCAGAACACCUUCUCUGCCUCCUCAGCUAGGAGAUUGUCCAGUCUUUUCAACAAGGCAGAAGAACCUAAAGAUGAAUCUCCUUCUUCAUGGAGACUGGGACUCAGAAAAACUGGUAGCCACAAUAUGCUGAGUGAAGUGGCCAAUUCCAGGGAGGCCCUUAGGGAUCGAGGUUCUUCCAUCUACCGUUCCUCCUCAAGCCCUCGGAUCUCUGCUUUGCUGGAUGACAAAGAUAAGGAAAGAGAAAACAAAAGCUAUUUCAGUACGCUAGUACCCCGGAGGCUCAGCAGCACAAGUGACAUUGAAGAGAAGGAGAACAGAGAGUCAGCUGUUAAUCUAGUAAGGAGUGGCUCCCACACCAGGCCACUGUGGAGGGAUGAAGCAAAGGGAAAUGAAACCCCACAGACAGUCGCUCCUUCCACUUACACGUCAACUUACUUGAAAAGUGCUUCAUUUGGUAAAAGUAGUGACCCCACAAGUCCCUACAUUUCAGCCAAUCGCAAUUCAUCUCCUGCUACCUCACCCAUUACCAUUGGUUCAUCAACCUCUCGGGGCAGCCAGUGGCAACCUGCCUCUUCUUGCCCUGCACCAGUCAGUGCAAACACUACUGCAUCUGUGCAGCCCGCCAGGACUCCUUACAAAUCCCAGGCUGACUCAACAGCAGAGAAAACAGCAGACAGUGUCUCCUCCAGCACCCCACUGUGUGUGAUCACCAACCGUCCUGCGUCCGGCACUGCCAAUGGGGUCCCAGCUGCCACAGCGUUCUCCUCCUCCUCCGCUGGAACAGACUCCUCCGUGGAGUCCCGGGAGAAGAGGAGGUCUUAUCUGACUCCAGUACGGGAUGAGGAGGCAGAGUCCUUACGGAAAGCGCGCUCCAGACAAGCUCGGCAGACUCGAAGGUCUACUCAGGGUGUUACCCUAACAGACCUCCAAGAAGCAGAAAAGACUUUCAGCCGAUCGAGGGCAGAGAGACAAACUCAGGAACAACCUGGUGAGAAGCUUGAAGAUCCUGGUGGGCUCGAAGGGAGCGCCAAGAAUCCGGAGCCGUCGGCAGCCCCCACAAAGGAAGCUGGUGAGGGCCGUUACCCAUGGGGCAGAAGUCUGGGUGAAGAGCCUAUCUAUCACCGCCUGAGGUGUCCAACUCAACCCGACGAACCCUCAACCCCAGUCUCUCCUUCUGCAUCAAGACCCUCACUAUAUGCUGGUUCUCAUCUACUGCGUACAAGCAGAGCUUCCGUCCCUGAUUCUGGGAAUUCAGAGACUACCACACACACCGCAACAGCAAAGGAAAAGGACAUGAGUGAGAAAGAAGAAGCUGAUUUGGAUGAUCAGUCCUCUAACAAGCUGUCUAGCCGAGAGAGGAGACGACCUAAAGAUCGGCGAAGAGGCACGGGCAUCAACUUCUGGACAAAUGACGAGGAUGAAGCAGACGUCUCUGAGGAGGUCAAAGAAGCAUGGCAUGAAAGACUUUCUAGGUUGGAGUCAGGAGGUGCCCACCCGACCAGUAGCGAGUCUCACAGUGACCGCGCCUCAGCAAGAGCCCGUCGGGAGGCCAGGGAGGCUCGCCUGGCCAGCCUGAGCAGCCGGCCAGAAGAGGACAGCAACAGGGAUUAUAAAAAACUCUACGAGAGUGCCCUGACCGAAAACCAAAAACUGAAAACAAAACUUCAGGAGGCCCAGCUAGAGCUUGCCGAUAUAAAAGCCAAGCUUGAGAAGAUGGCCCAGCAGAAACAAGAGAAGACCUCUGACCGGUCCUCGGUGCUGGAGGUGGAGAAGCGGGAGAGGCGAGCACUGGAACGGAAGAUGUCGGAAAUGGAAGAAGAGAUGAAGGUGUUAACAGAACUGAAGUCCGACAAUCAGAGGCUGAAAGAUGAAAACGGUGCCCUCAUCAGAGUCAUCAGCAAACUGUCCAAAUAGCUGAGGGCAGGCCUGGGAGGAGGGGACCGCAUCCGCUGCCCACCCUGUCUCCAGCUGUGGCCUUCUGGCCAGGACAUGAAUGUUUCAGGAGGAGGGCCGUCCCUGUGCCCUCGUCAGUCACCCCUCCGCGCUCGCUGCACAUUGUCUGUAUUCUCCAUGCCCCACUAACCCCGCACCUCGUCCCAAGUUUUACGGCAGUUUUAGCUGAAGCGUGAUUGUGACCAUUUCAAGCAAUCUGGAGAGAGCUUUGUGGGGCACACCAGGCUCCGCUGUGAGCUCCCGGCUUUCUGCUGCUGUGUCCACGCUGGUUUUGGUGCAGAUAUGUAAGGCUUUGACCCAUAGCCUUUACACUAACCCACUGUUCUUUAUAUAGGUGAGUCUUGUGGUGGCCACUCUGGGAUCCUGUCUGGGUGCCGAGAGGAAGGGUGGACCGUGGGCUUGCUCUCCGGACUGCCUGCUUCUAGUCCAAGGUGACUGCGGCUCUGUGCCGAGGCCGUGAGUCACCUCUCAGGAAUGGACUUGUUUUUACUUUUCUAUCCGUAACCUAGGAACAUCGCUGACUAGUCUUAACCUCAUUUCUCCCUCUCUUCAAGGCCAAGGCAGCCUUGGACUCUCUUGCUCCUUGUCUUUCUGUCCUUUGGUGAUUUCUCCUCCCGCCCCGAUGGCGUAAAAGCUGAAACCGAGCUCCCAACCUCAGCUGUUUGGAACCUCGUCACUGCUGCCUUGGUGCCAUGACCCUGGGAAGCUAGAGGACGGCUCAAGGGUCAGCCUGUUGUUCAUACCUCCCACUUGUCUGCUUACAGAAUGAUUUUCUGAACUCUUUGGGUUGUACAAGUAGUAUACAUCUAUAAUCCCAGCACUUGGGAAGCUGAGGCAGGAGGAUCGAGAGUUUGAGGCCGACUACAUGGCAAGACCCUCUCUCCAGACAAAGGAAGCCUGGGUGUUGAAUGCCCGUUUGCCCUGCUCCACCCAGGCUCCUGCUCCUGAUGAGAAGUGGGGUCGCUGCAAGGAGGCCUGGGCGAGAGCCAGGCGGAAGCUAGACGGGGGAUGGAAGCAGGCCAGAGAGCCGCGGAGGGCAUCUGAGGACACUUGGAACUGUGCACACACUGCUGGGAUGGUAACUCGCUUUCUGGUGGUCAUAUUCGGGGGAGAGACCCCUUCUUAGCAGCCAACAGGAGAGGUGGUGCUGGCUAGAGACUAAAGAUGAAGAAGAGUACUGGUGGGCUCUUAGGAGUGCCAAGCCCCGUGGAUCAUCUGGCCCAGCGGCCCUGUGCCGCCCUGCUGCCAUAACUCUGACCUCUGGUCAGCCUCUGGGAGCUCUGCAUGUCUUACUUGAACUUUGAGCACCUCUACCCCGUUUUUACUAGCAGAAGCUGAGGUCUGCUGCUCCCUGCCAGGAGAACACCUGAGGUAUGGGUGGGUAGUGGUCUCUACUUACCUUGUCUCUUGAGUCCCUCCUCAGAUGUCGCGGUUUUGAUGCCUGUCAUAUCCUGACUACCAUUUUCUAGAGUCUAGACAAGCAGCCCUUUAGCUUACCGUGCUCAGCCUCUAUGAAUACUCUGUAAUUCCAGCACACAGUUAAACCGCCAGCUCUUGUGGAUGAUCCAGUGCUGGUGGGUAGGAUGUGGAUUUGUAGGCAUUUUGUCCUUUGGUUCACAUUAAAGGACACGUCCUUUAAUGCCUCAUUGUUUGAGGGUUGCUAGCGAUGUGGACCAUUCUAACACUACCUCUGUUAGUUCCUUUCAUGAGAACACCCCUGUCCUUUUCUGUGGCCCUUGCAGACUUCAUGUGCUCUUAAACAGAAGUUGUGAUUCAGGGUCCAUGGUACAGAAUGGGAACUAUCUCCUUUGCUGCUUUCAGCACAGGAAGAGUCUCUUUUCCACUUCAACCCGUUCUUCUGAGGAAUCUUGUGUUGGACUGCUCUACUCUUGUAAAACCCUGAGCCACCGUGAGGAAGACCUGACUCCUGCUCUAGGAAGCAAUCCCUUCUUGCUAGGAGACAUCAGCAUGAUGCCAGCCAACCAGUUCUCCCAGCACGGGUUCUGUAUUGGGAAAGAGGGGAUUGCUGCCUCAUUCUUGGGAAAAGAAAGUGGGAUUGUGGAGAACAGUUUGAGCCUGCUCCACUCACAGGCCAGGUGAAGGUAUUCAGAGUUGUGUGCCUUUGAAGUGUAGGGAAGGGUCUCAAAAACUCACAAACGGGCAUCAUACCCGAUGCUGUACGUGGCCUUCAUGUUAAGAUGCCACCUCUUGCCAGGAAGACAAUUGCUUGUGAGUGACAAGCUAUUGACAGGCUUUUCAGUCUCUGUGGCACCAGCCUCUGUGGCUAUGAGCCCCUCAGAGCACACGUGGGCCCAAGCCAUUCCUGGUGAUUCCUUUCAGGCCACUAACUUUAUUAGAAGCAUUGUGAACUUGGUCUCUUCCAGAGAAGAGAGCUCUAUUUCUUAGAAAUCACACUGACUGAAAACCCCAUGAAAGACAUGGCUCCCGAGGCCAUGCUGAGUGUGUGCAGUCCCGGCCCGUGCUGCUCGGGUGGCCAGGUACCUGCUGUAGAUCUCCUCAGUGGCCACCAGCCUCACGGGCUGGCUUCUUAUGGGAAUCUCGUGGCUGGAGCUUACUGUUCUGCUGCAGGGAGGCAAGCGGGACUCGACCUUGUCACACCAGGCUUCAUGGGAACUUAAGGUAGGGACAAGAAUGUUGUCAUUCAUUUGACAGCUUUCAGGCCCAGGCCACCUUUGAGGGUGACGACUGGACAGCCCAGAGACUCUGGCUUGAGCUGGCUUACUUGGCUUUCGGGGUCUAGAGCCUUUCCAGCCAGUUCCUAGAAGUGCUGAUGCCAGCCCCACCCCAGUCUCUAGGGGAGGAGCUGUGCUCAUGCAUGGGUGCUGCCUCUGAAGCAGCCCUGGAGCCUGCCCAGCAGUGGGGCACGUGCUUCCCCUGCCUCUGCCCCAGCCCUCAGCUCCUGAGGUGCAAGGAUUGUUUGCUGGGGUUGCUGGCAGCAUCCACUCAGGAAGUACAGGAGCCUGCAGGCCUCAGAAGAGCACAGGAACCAGGGUGAAGGGCCUCUCUAAGCCACGCCCUGGGGGACACUGGCCUCUGGCCCCCAUGCCCUGGGGGACACUGGCCUCUGGCCCCUUUGCAGCCGUUCCUAACGUUCCUAACGGAGACAGCUCCAUCCAUUGCUUGCAUGCCUUUCCAGCUGUGGGCCAUGUCCAGAGCCACGCCCAAGUAUAGUGCAGUGCAGUCAGUCGCCAUUCUAUUCUGAAGAUAGGUGCAAAGCCUCAACAUCGGGCCCCUUGACCCAGGAAGGGAGGCAGCCUUGAGGGCAGGGUACUCUAAAGUCCUCUUGGCUUAAAAUUAUGUGAUUUAUUCAAAGAUGAGGACAUUUUUACACUUAGAUUUCUGCUUCAAAAAUUGUUUAACUUUGAACUUUCAACAUCAGUCUUGCUUUUCCCAAAUUCAAGGUGUUUAAGAUCGGACUGUCAAAGCCGCCCUCCCUCCAUGCUGGAGAGAGAGUUUAACAUUGAAAGCAAUUGAACAGUGAUGGGACUGCUUUCCCUCCUGGUGAUUAAGUAAAAAUAUUACCAACCUGCAGAGGGGAAAUUGGAGCUGGGAGGGACGGAUGACCUGCCCUAGGACAGUGUGCUCUAGGAAGCCAGCUGCUGCUGCUGCUGUGCUCGCUCAGCCACCUCCUAGAUGUGACCAGCGUGACCAGCACCCAAGCAGCAGACUUCUGCUGGGCACCCACUCGUCUCUAGUCUGGAGCUGUGCCUCGGGCUGCUGUGGGAGGCGCUCUUCUCAGGAGACACCAUGGCCACGGCACAGAAUGGUGCCCAGCUCUAGCCAGACGCCUGCAGGUGGGUCUUGGAUGUGAGGAAAGAGACAAACCCUGGACUGGACGCUUGCAUGCUGUGCUGGGUAAAAGGCAGAGGAAGGUCUGUGGAUGUGGAGCAGGGUGGAGGUGGGAGUCUGGGAGGAAGGAAGCCAGGCUUCUGCACCUGGAAGUGUGCUGUUCCUCAGCUCCAGCUGAGCGAGAUUUUAAUCAGUUCCUCUAAUGGGUAUUGACACUGCUCGGAGCAGUCAACUCUGUCAGGGACAACUAUUGAUUGCUGAUUAGAUUGGAAAAAUAGAUCAACUUCAUUAUAGGCCAGAAGCUGUCACUGUCACAGCUCCAAAGGAAUGAAGUGGUCUCUGAGGGCUGAGGAGAGUCAGCUGGAUUCCUGACAAGCCAGAGAGUAGCUGAAAGUUGUCUCCACAUCUCCUUGAGAGCUGUGGUUAAGGGUCACAAAUCCCCUGGGUGCCCUGACCCAGUGCCUGGAUCCCAUUCUUGACCUGAAUGGGAUGGGAAUGCAGAUGGCUUAGCCCGGUGUGCUCUGCCUUGUGCCCCUCAUUCACCCUCCCAGCUUCCCAAAGCUUCUCCCCGGCUGAUCUUCCAGACUGGGACUCUGCCAGAAUGACAUUUUGUUAUUUUGCCUCUAAAUUUUCCCCUAAUGUUUCCAAUAAAACUCUGCUUGGGUGGCCCUUUAAGGUGUCACCAAGAUGCUAACCUAGGCCCUCCAAAGUAAGCACACAGCCCCCUCCUUCCCCCUCAGCUCCUCCACCACCUCAGGCCUUGCUUUUCUACACUUUGGGCUUGAUGGUGCUCGAGGGAAGAGGUUUUCCAUUAAUCAGGCAAGAGUCCUUGAGGAUUUUCAAAUGCCAACAGUCAUUCCGCCCACCACCCAGGGCUGGCCACAUCCCCUUUCACAACUCCCUGGGUGUGCCAGCGGCCCUCAAAGACCAGGGUUGGCUGGUAAGUCAGCACGACCCCGCAGUUUCAGGGUCGUCUGCUCAUUCUGUCUUUUCUGAAAGAUGUGACUGGUGCUGGCUUAAGGCAGAAGGGUUUCCUCAGCACAGGCUGGACAAGUUGUUUGCAUAGUGACAACAGCUCCGCCAGGCGGAAGAAGCCCCACGAAGGACUGAGCAUGAGGAGUCAGAAGAGCUGCUGACGAGCUCUCGAACCCAGAGCUGGGCGUCCGAGCGUGGAUUCUGAACAAGGGACAUUCAGGCUGGCACCGGCUUGACUCUCCAGAGUGCGUGUGUCUGUGCUGUUCUCGACCCUGCUCUCCUGAGACCUCCAGCACAAGUUACCCAGCCUGUCCUGGGAUGGGGGAGUGCGUGAAAGUAGUUGUAGGUAAAGGUACCAGAGGCACAGACUACGGGGAGAGGGUGCACCCAUCCAACAUGGCCACCUUUCUAGUCAGCAUCCCUUGAGCCCUGGCUGGUACCUUCAAGCAGAGCCAUGAUUUCCCUGAAGAGGGGAGCAGUGUGCCCUGACCUUUCCCUCUGCAGGGUUGGUGGUCCAGACCCCCGCUUUGGCUCACGGUUUUCUUCCAGGCUUGUGCCCUCCACUCCAGUCCUGGGCACUAGCAUUUUGUAUUUCCUCUCUCCACCCACGCUUAAUGCACCGACUGGAAGUGUUUGCCAGCCAAGUUGUGUGGAUUGACUUCAGUCAACUGUAAAUACACCUGCGGGAGGCUCCUGAGGGAGGGAGGCCAGGCAGGCUUUCCAAACUGAAUGUAUUUUUAUGCAAUUCUGAGUGGCCUUUUCAACCUGAGAUGGAUGGAUUUGUUUUACUGAUUGUUGUUAUAUAGUAUUAAGUAUUCUGUGUUUGAAAGUUUGGGAAUAAUAUUCACAUCUAUAUGAUGCUUGUAAACACAACAGUAUUUAUAAAUGAGUAAAUAAAACUGUGUUUUACCUUUGUGCCA